AUGACUAUACCGCAACCCCCAAUGGCCUUGACGGGUCAUUGUUCGGCAAUAUACAACAAUACCCUCUAUGUUUACACUCCAGAUGGGUUUGCAUCCAUCUCUCUCGAACAGAGUACGAAACAAAAUACCACUUGGACUCCUUUAACCCCCGGCGUCGCUGUCACCGGCGCUGCGUGUGUCUCGGCGGCGAUUGAGGGCAACAAGGAUAGUUUGGCAUUCUAUGUAGUCGGCGGGACCGGCAACUCAUCCACGUAUUCCGGAAUCCAGCGAUUUUCCUACAAGGAACAGAAAUGGUCAAAUCUAACUUCUGCUGGGUCCGGUAGCCUUCAAAAUCGUACCUCUCAUGGCAUUGGAUACUUAGAAUCAUCGGCUUCAAUUCUAAUGUAUGGUGGGGACGCGCCGAGCCAUCCCACUGCUGACGGGUCUUCUCAGGACACUUUCACUAUUAGCACUACCACUCCCUAUACAGUUAAAUCAUUUAACGACCAGGGUGCCCCUACCGCAGCUAAUCCCAUGCUCUUGACUUGGAAUCAAUCCGCAGUUGCCCUGCUUGGUGGUUCAUCCUCGAACACAAACAUUUAUAUCUACGGCGACUCCGGUUGGACAUUUUCCGGCGCCACCCUUGAUGCUCCUGUUGCGUCUGCUCUUUCAUCCACAAAUCGCUGCGCCCUUGCAAUUGAUGACGAUGGCAACAAGAUUUUGCAGGAGUUCAAUCUGGACGUCUCCCCCAACACUGUUACUAGCUACGAAAUGAUGAAAAAAGGAGAAGCGUUGAGCCCGGCUACUCAUUUAACCGGCUCUACUUCAAAACGAAGCUUCAGUGUCUACCCCUCAUAUAACAACUCGAAUGCCCCGACUUCCAAAAAGUCCGACUAUUCAGUUGCCCAGGGUAGCAAUAACUUAGUUGUUCUCUCUGGUGGAAGCGGUGAUAAUUCAUUAUCCAUCUUCAAUCAAUCGAGCAAUGAUUGGGUUAAUGCCACAGAGCUCUUCUAUGUCAGUAACUCGCAGAAUCCUCUACAUGGAACCACAACAACGGCAUCAACCACGUCUACAACACCCUCUUCUACCGCUUCAUCAUCUGCCACUUCAUCCCCUGCCGCUGCCGCUUCAGGGAACUCCGGUGAGCAUAUUGGUUUGAUCAUCGGUGCAACUCUUGGUAGUAUAUGUGGUGCCAUUGUUAUCCUGGUGGCGAUUUUAUUCCUGCUGCGCCGUUCAAGACUAAAGCAAAAUCAAGAUGAUCAAGGGCAUGGUGGGGCUGGCAAGGACCGUCUGAGUUUUCAAGAUCAAGGCAUUGAACCUUUGACUGGGGGUGCCUAUCCCAUGGCAAAGAGCCCUGUUCCUGUUGCAACGGUAUCAGAUGAUUCUCUGGCGAUCAUGUCCGGAAGAUAUGCUGGAGAAAAGUCUUUGGGGCCUCCUAGCCAAAACUACGGCUAUGGACUGUCUAAAAAUAGCCCACUUUCCACCAUCCCAUCGAGCGGUAUUGCACCAUCAAGCAUGUAUUCCGAUGAUUCAGAUCGGUCUGCUGCUGUUGCUGCUGCCGUCGAAGCCAUCUCUAGCCCUGGUAAUAAGCCUGGAGAUCGCACAACAGAUGAGGGAUGGGGCAAGUACUUUGAAGACAACAGUGCGACGAACCUUGCUGGAAUGCCGUCCGACCGCUCUACUGUUAGCUCUGUAUACACCAGAUCCGAUUAUCGUGGCAGCGCCUGGCCAAUGACCAACCUUGCCCCUUUAAAUCACGGUUUCCUCGAUCAACGACCACUUGGCCGCGUGGCUAGUGGCAAUCCUGCAACAGAGAAUACAGGUUCAACCGAUCGUAACCUCAUUAUUCCCGAGAGUCAAUCGGCGCGAAUUUCCAGUGCGGAUUCGGUCAGCGUCCUUUCUGAUGAUGACCCCCACGAUACAAAUUGGACUGGUGCGGGUCACAGCAGCUGGUUAGGUCGCCCAACGAGUAGUAACUACAGCACGAGCUUUUACAACUCAAGCAACACUAACCUCCCCGCCGCAAAUCCUCAACACGGGUUCGCACGCUACUCCAACGGCCGCAAAUCCAGCGUGGUAAUACCAGAUGAUAUUGACGAGCUACCCCAUUCUGGGACCAUGAAUUCAGAUAUGAGCUGGCUUAACCUUCAUGCCGAUCGUUAA